UUCAGCUGACUGACUACUACCUCUAGACACAGCUCUGGUCUCUUUUGUCUUGAGACGUUCCCGGUGUAUGUUGUGAACGUGGUCUGACGACGGAUUUUAAGCUAUCAUUCGUUCUAAAAAACAGUUUACAGUGCUAAAAUGGCUUGUUUGACAGGAUCUACCGUGCCACUAAAGGCUCAGCGUGGACAGAUUCAAAUAAUAUUUGGACCUAUGUUUUCUGGGAAGACCACUGAGCUUAUGCGUCGUCUCAAGCGCUACCAAAUAGCAAAACAUAAUUGUUUAAUUAUCAAGUAUGCCAAAGAUAUAAGAUAUGACAAUGAUGGAAUUGCAACACAUGAUAGACAGACCUUACCUGCAGUUGCUACCAUGGUUUUGAAAGAUUUGAGGGAAAAGGCAGAGGAAUACAGUGUUAUUGGGAUAGAUGAAGGACAGUUUUUCCCUGACACUGUGGAGUUUGCAGAGGAAAUGGCAAAUCGAGGUAAAACUGUCAUUGUUGCUGCACUUGAUGGGACUUUUCAGCGAUCAGGGUUCGGAAAUAUUUUAUCACUUGUUCCCUUGAGUGAGUCUGUUGUAAAGUUGACAGCAGUGUGCAUGAUUUGCUUUGAAGAAGCAUCUUACACAAAGAGAACGUCUGCAGAAACCUCGGUGGAGGUCAUUGGAGGUACUGAAAAAUACAUAGCCACUUGUAGGAAGUGCUACUUCAUUGCAACCCCACAGAAGAGAGUUAAUCCAUCUCCACUGAAAGAAGUUCAGGAGAACAUGGAAACAAGCCAAGACCCAAGUUUAUGCAAACGUCGUCUUACGGAUAUUACUGAAAGUAACCAUGGUGUGAAAAAUGGAAAAGAAAAUGUCAAAAUGAAUGUAGCCUAAUUUCCAGCAAGGCUUUGCAAAUAUUUGGCAAACUAAUGAAUAAUCCACAUGGUUAGUAACAAAUAGCAAUAACAAUGCGUCUUCCUUUAUAAAAGUAGCUUUUGUCUGUUGUGUUAUACUGACAUUUCAAAAGGUUAUAUCUGGUACUAAUUAUUAUCCCAGUAAACAUAAACUUUUUACGACAGUAGUUAAGGUAAAAAAAAUUUUUAUUUUGUAUAAGUCAUAUUUAUAUUUUAAUACAGUGCUGAUGUGUUCUUCCAACAGUUUUAUAUAUAUAUAUAUUUGUAUGUAAAUUUUUAACAGUAAAAAUUCUCAAAUAUCCUUUGUAGCAAUAAGUUUUACAAAGUAAAUGGUUUUUUAUUUACAGUGAUUCUACGAAUAUAAAACUUAUAU